ACAUUACGUCAGCUUCAUAACGACAUGCAGUGGUGGUUUCGGGCAUCAAAUCACGAUGUCAAGAUAGUCAUUCUUACGAAAUUCGACCACCGACAACAUUAUAUUUUGGUUGAGAAGUGGGAGGAAGAAAUCUCGUAUCCGCAAGGAGCGAUCACACGGAGUCAGGCUGCUGCUAUAUCACAGCAAAACGUUCUUGAGCCUGUAAAACGGCAGUCAAUUACCAUUUCGCGUGAUGAGACGACAAAUCCGGUAUCGUAUAAUAUCAUUAAUAGGGGGGCAUUGGUA